AUGAGGGUCAAGGAAAUAAAUAGCCCAAGGGAUAGGAUCCAUGAGCUAAAGACCGUCAUCAAGUUCCAAGAAAAAAGCCGGCUUCUACAAAGCAAGUCCUUCGAGGAGAGGACAGACCAGAACAAAGAUGUGAUUAGUAUCCUGCAGAACAAUGUGCGACAUUUCCAUCAGGACUGGACAGUUGCCAAAAAAUAUGAUGAAUGGACCAUUGCCCGGGCCUGCCGGAAGGACUUAUCUUUGAAGUUGGCCACCAGCCGAAGCACUGUGGAGGUGGCUCGAGAAAAGCUGCGUAAGUAUGUUUUUGACCGAGUGAACGUUCACAAUGUGAUGCUGCACCUGGUUCGGCAGCGAGGGGAGAGGCUAGAAAACAUGCAAUCAGAGCUAGAAAAUCUACUGAGCCGGCAGAACAGUACCAAAGAAGAGCUGCAACAGCUGCAGAUCAUCCGCCAGUUAGAGAACAGUAUUGAAAAGACAAUGAUCAAGAUCAACACUAGCCAGAACCUCUAUUCACUCUACGUUCGGCUGUUGGAUUAUCUGAAAAAAGAGCUGGCAUACUACCCACCACAGCUAGAUAAACUGCAGAACAUGGUGUUGCUAUUCCAGAAGGAUCUUUCCAACAUGUCUGAAAUGACCCAUGAAGCCAUGAAGAUGACAGAAGUGGCCAAGGUGAACAUGUCAGAAAUGGAGACAGCCUUCGUCGCAGAACGUAAGACCAGGGAACAAAAGCUCACACAGCAGAAGAAAAUGAUUGAAAAGAUUCAUACCACUGCCAGUGACAGGCACCGAAGGGGCAGGCGAGAUAUGGAAUUCUCCUCUACCUUGGUGACCCCAGAGCCACAAAAAGGAAAAAUGCAAGAUGUAUCCCAGGCUGAUAUUGAGUACCAGGCAGAUGUGACCUAUAUAGUAGACAGUGUCAAAAAUGCUGUACAGUGUUCUCAUCUCUGGGAUAUCGCAGGCAGGUUCCUGGCCCAGAAAAGCACACAGGAAAACCUGUUGCAGCAGACCCAGGAGUAUGAAUUAAAACGGAAGGAGCUUGAGGCCCUCUUGCAGAAGCUGGACCUGGAACGGGCGCUGCUCAAGUUUCAUCAGAACCCAAAUGUCAAUAGAUUUAAGAAGAUAGAGAAGGAAUUGUCGGAGAUGCUGGAAGAGGAGAAUAAAAGACUUCAGCUAGAAAACAAAAACUUGGAAAAGAGUGAACAACUACUUCUCAAUAUCGAGAUUGGCAUCGACAAUCUGUUCAUUCGACUGAUAGGCAUCACAAUGCCUUCAGAGAAAGGAAUCCCUGGUCCUACUGAUACCAAAGACGCCUUCAGCAAACUACAAUACUGUGAGAGGAAGCUCCUCUAUUUGAUAGAAAGAACUAAGAAAUACGCGGGGGAAUACGAUGAGUCCUCCCAGCAAGUGAGAGAAUUCUUAGAGGAAUCGACAUUACAAGAGAAACAUAAUGUGAAAAUUACUUUUGAAGAUGCUGAUGAUGAUGGGAGAGAAUCCUUCGAAUUUCCUGAUGUGGACCAAAGUUAUGUUCCUUCCCGGGAUGAGAUCAAGAAGCAAAGUAUACGUUUUAUUGAUGCUAAAACCAGAAAUGUCAAGAAACCGAAGAAGAAAUAA